GUUUUUUGUUGUCUACCUUCGAAUUGACUGCACUGGGAAUGCUUUUGUUUUUAUGGUGCAGGAAGCGACUUCGACCAGAACAAUGAGACGGCAAGUACUGUUGUUUCUCUCGGCUCUAUGUCUCAGCUACGUGCUCGGGCAGGUCAGCUAUUCCAUUCCCGAAGAAAUGGCGAAAGGCUCUGUAGUUGGUAACAUAGCGCAUGAUUUAGGUUUGGGUCUUAAAAGACUGAAAUCCGGCAAAGCUCGUGUCUAUACGGGAGGCAGUGUAGAAUACAUCGGGCUGAAUAAAGAAAAGGGAGUCCUCCUUAUCCAGGAGAAGAUCGACAGAGAGGCUUUAUGUGGAGAGACGACGCCUUGUGCUUUACAUUUCCAGUUAAUUCUGGAAAAUCCAAUGGAACUGUUUCGUGUAACAGUGGAGAUCACCGACAUAAACGACAAUACCCCCAUUUUUACUAAUGCAGAGAAACGCUUUGAAAUUAGCGAGUCCGCUGUGAUUGGAUCGAAAUUCAUAUUAGAGAAAGCUAUUGAUUCAGAUAUUGGGAUGAAUGGCUUACAAAAAUACUCGCUUACUCCUACUGAUAACUUUGUAUUAAAACUAGAAAACCAGGCAGAUGUAAGUAAAAAGGUAGAGAUGGUUCUACAGAAGCCUCUAGACCGAGAGAAGCAGGAAUAUAUCUCACUGGUAUUAACUGCUGUGGAUGGAGGAGAGCCGCAGAUGUCAGGGACAAUGCAGAUAUUUGUCAGUGUAUUAGAUGCGAAUGACAACGCACCUACAUUCGCUAAACCGCUAUACAGAGCAAAAAUACUAGAAAAUUCUCCCAAAGGCACCAGGUUAACCACUGUAAGUGCAUCUGAUAAAGACAUCGGCUCGCACGGAGAAUUGUCAUAUCAUAUAUCUAGUAGUCAGCGUGUUUUAUCUGAACUGUUUAAGAUUGAUUUGAAAACUGGUGACAUUAUCCUAAUCGGUGAAAUCGAUUAUGAAAAGGCGAAAACAUUUCAAAUGGAUAUUGAGGUUGUAGACAGCGGGGGACUCUCUGAUUCAACUAAAGUAAUUGUUGACGUUAUCGAUAUAAAUGACAAUAGCCCUCAAAUAAACGUUGUUUCUAAAUCAGAAUCCAUAUUAGAGGACUCACCUCCAAACACUGUUAUAGCUAUGUUAAGUGUAAAUGAUCCAGAUUCGGAGAAUAAUGGAAAGGAAGAGUGUAAUAUAGACGGUAACAUUCCCUUCAAAAUACAAACUACAUUAAAUGGAUUUUAUACUUUAGUUACAGAGGUCGCUUUAGACAGGGAGGUCGUUUCUCACUAUAAUAUAACAGUGACCUGCUCUGAUGAGGGAGUGCCCUCCCUCUCCAGCAGCGUCACUCUCACCUUACAGAUCUCUGAUGUGAAUGACAACGCGCCUGUUUUUGAGAGGAGCUCAUAUGAGGCCUACAUUGUAGAAAACAACACACCAGGCCUCUCUAUAUUCACAGUGAAAGCCAGAGACGCUGACUGGAACCAGAAUGCGCGUGUUUCUUACAUACUGGAGGACUCCUCUGUUAACGGAGUGUCAGUCUCCUCAUAUGUGUCCGUUAGUGCUGAUAGUGGAGUCAUCCAUGCAGUGCGCUCUUUUGACUACGAGCAGAUCAAAGACUUCCAGUUCCGCGUCAAAGCGCAGGAUGGAGGCUCCCCUCCACUCAGUAGCAACGUGACUGUGAAAAUAAUGAUCCAGGACCAGAACGACAACCCCCCUCAGGUUCUGUACCCAGUCCAGACUGGUGGCUCUCUGGUGGCUGAAAUGGUGCCUCGUUCAGCAGAUGUGGGCUAUCUGGUCACU